AUGACGUCCAGCGAUACUCUACUUGUCUAUAUAGAGGGGUGGACCGGUAACGUCGUGAUGUUGAACAGCUACAAUGACGGCGGCACGCUACUGCUCGGGGAUUCUUUCAGCGACGAGGUUGAGGCUGCGGACUACACGUCAGUCGCCAUCAGCCCGAACGGCACGAUCUUUUACGGGCUAAACCAAGCCACUGGGGAUCUGUUCCAACACGCUAGGACUCCGGAUGGUGACCUGUAG